ACGGUCUCGCGUUUACAGGGGUGAUACAGGGCGAUCUACAUCUAUACACUUGCGUCAGCAUGUUACCACCGAGGUCAGUUUUGAUAACGGGAGCCGGACGUGGACUCGGACUAGAGUUUAUCAAACAGUUUCUUCAGGUGCCGACUCCCCCUGAAUUUCUCUUUGCAACAUGCAGAAACCCAGACAAUGCGCAGGAAUUAAAAGAAGUUGCAAAGUCCAACCCUUCUCUAACGAUUAUCAAACUUGAUGUAAAUGAACCUAAUACUCUGGACGAAGCCAGGAAAAUUGUGGAGUCCAAGUUAGGAGAUAAAGGACUGAACCUGCUUUUGAACAAUGCCGGUAUUAAUCACAAGGCCUCGCUGGACGCUGUGACACCCGCGCUGAUGAUGGACACGUUUAAUACCAAUGUUAACGGUCCCCUAUUUACUACAAAAGCGUUCCUUCCACUCCUCCUUCGAGCAGCGCAAUCCUCUACACCAACUCAGCCUACAUCAGCUGUCGUUAAUAUGAGCACAAUAAUGUCGUCCAUAACAUUAACGGAGUCGUCGGAUUCCGUAGACUACCGAGUGUCAAAGACAGCCCUGAAUAUGCUGAGUAAGUUACUACACAAUGAGCUCAAGGAAAAGGGGAUCCACGUGGGCUGCAUACACCCAGGAUGGGUCCAGACGGACAUGGGGACCUCUAUGGCUCCCGUGACUCCGUCCCAAAGCGUCAAAGGCUGUCUAGAAGUGAUUUCAAAAAUGGAAGCAGACAACGCAUGCCUUCUGAUCGAUUAUACCGGAAAGCGGUUACCUUGGUGAUGUCUUAUUAUAUACAAAAUAUCAGUUAAAUAUCGGAUGUCAAGCAGCUUAGUAUUUUAACUCAGUAAUCCACGAGACCAGUAACCAUGCGAACUUACAUAUACUGGUGUAACAGAUUUGUCUGCCCUUCUGGUGACUGGAUUAUUUAAGUUUGAUAAUUGAUUUAUUCUUAUUAUUCAGAAACAUUAGACAAUGAUAAAUCAGAGUCAUAAUAAGAAAAAUCAAACUCAGCAUCCUCAACUGUUUGUUUUUCUCUUAAAUUUCUACAAUAUCAAUAACUCUUCAUUUAAAGCAUCAUCAGAUACUUGUACAAGGUGGACAUCUUCAGAAUUAGAUCAACUCGGUAAUAAAACAAUUUUGUAAUGAAA